GCCCCGGCUUCGCGCUGCCCGCCCGCUGCGCGGCCCUGCGGCUCCUCGGCUGUUGCCCUCUGAGAGGGGGGGAUUUAAUCGAUAGCCCCAAGUUACCCCCAGCUAUCCUCUGGCGUGUUUACGAACAAUUUACUGCUCAAAGAGGAUUUCAUACCCGCAGGAGAACAGCCCUGUCAGGAAAAUCGCCUUUAGCUAAAUAGCAGAAUAUCUAGCAAGCGUUAUGGGUCAAUUCCAUCUUCAUGUGUAAGCUUUGUAACUUAUUUUCACCAAAUCAAUCAGAAUUAUUGUCUCACGUCUCAGAGAAGCAUACAGAAGACGGGACUAGUGUGGAUGACAUCAUUAUUCCGCUCCAGCCGCUAACAGCACCCACAAAUAUAAACAGAAAUGGAGAAGAGCUUCUUGUAGCGAAGAGGAAAAGGGGCAGACCAAAAGGAUCUACCAAGAAGUUUUGUGUGGAUGAAGAAGUGGCAGAGAACAGUAAUUCUGUUCCAAGUGAGGAAGUUCAGCCUGGAUCAGAGGAUGGACCGGAACCGACUGAAGUUUCGCCAGGCAGUUUGGAAUGCAGGAAAUGCAGUCGGAAGUUCUCUAACAUGCGUCAGCUAAGGAAACACAUCUGCAUUAUUGUUCUAAAUGAAGCAGAGGAAGAAGGAGAUGGAGGUAAUGAUUCUGACGUUGACAUUGACAGGAAGGAAGACGAGCGAGAAAAACCUCCAAAGAGGCCCAGAAUUCAGAAAGCAGAGAAAACUCUAUCAACUAAGGAUGCUGAACAGGUUUCAGGAGCUAAAAAUCCUAUUAUAAGUGUGGUUUUGACAGCCCAUGAAGCUAUUCCAGGAGCCACAAAAAUUGUCCCAGUUGAGGCUACUCCCCAAGAAAGUGAACCCACAACUCCAGAGACAACAGUUCAAGACCCAUCACAACGAAGAGGGUAUCAAGAAUAUGCCAUUCAGCAAACCCCAUAUGAACAGGCAAUGAAAUCAAGCAGGUUAGGUCCAACUCAGCUGAAGAUUUUUACAUGUGAAUACUGUAACAAGGUGUUCAAAUUUAAACACUCUCUCCAAGCACACUUGCGGAUUCAUACAAAUGAAAAGCCUUACAAGUGUUCAUACUGUAAUUAUGCCAGUGCAAUCAAAGCCAACCUAAAUGUUCACAUGCGGAAACAUACAGGGGAGAAGUUCAGCUGUGAUUAUUGUACAUUUACUUGUCUCAGCAAAGGCCAUCUCAAGGUCCACAUUGAAAGAGUUCACAAGAAAAUUAAGCAGCAUUGUCGCUUCUGCAAAAAAAAGUACUCAGAUGUUAAAAAUUUAAUCAAGCACAUCAAGGAAACACAUGACCUUCAGGACAAAAAAGUGAAAGAUGUUUUUGACGAGCUUCGCUUGAUGACACGAGAGGGGAAAAGACAGCUUCUUUAUGACUGCCAUAUUUGUGAACGCAAAUUCAAAAAUGAACUGGAUCGAGACCGUCAUAUGCUUGUUCAUGGUGAUGAAAGGCCCUUUGCAUGUGAGCUCUGUGGUCAUGGAGCAACUAAAUACCAAGCUCUUGAGCUUCAUGUUCGAAAACACCCUUUUGUAUAUGUGUGUUCUGUCUGCCUGAAGAAAUUUGUUAGUUCUGUAAGACUCCGUGCUCACAUAAAAGAGGUGCACGUGGAUUUGCCGGAGACUUCUGUUUUUAACAGUUCUAUCAAUCAAAGUUUCUGCCUCCUUGAGCCAGGAGGUGAUAUCCAACCAGAAGCACUUGGUGAACAGCUAGCACAAAGUGCAGAUGAAAUGAGUAUCACGAGUACUGAUUCUAACAACAUACCAAAACCAUCUACUUGUAAAGGCGAAUCAAAGACGGCAGAGGUAAACUAUAAUGGUCAGCAUAAUGGUGACUUAAAGGUCAAUACAACCCCUUCCUUAGAAUUUGAACAUCCUCUGGCAGAAAAUGUAGCAGAGCCACUGUGUCAGGCAUCAAUGGACAUAGCAGCCCCAAAUAUUCAAUCCUGUGAAGCAUCAGAUUGUUUUAUGUUGAAAAAUGGUACCUCUGCCCCUGAUGAGUUAAAAGUUUCUCCUGGAAAUGAAGAAGUUGUUAAUCAUUGCAGUUCUGUAAAUAUUCAGGGUGAGGGAAUCCAACUUUUGUUGUCAGAAGACAAAAGUUUAAAUCAAAAUCAGAACAACGCAAUGACUGAGAACCUUUCUGAAGAGAAAAAUCAUUCUAUUUCUUCUAAUGAAUCAGAAACAAAUAAAUCUUCAAAUCAAAAUUCAACAGAAGCCCCUAAUCCUUUGCCAGCACCAGAUUCUAAUGCAACCAGCAGUUCACAGGCAGACUCUUCCAAUGCAGUUACAACAGAUAAUCAGAGUGGAGCUGUUGCCUUUAUGCAGAUACUGGACAGCUUGCAGAAGAGACAAAUGAACACAGAGCUGUGUGAGAGGAUACGGAAAGUUUAUGGAGACUUGGAAUGUGAAUAUUGUGGCAAGUUGUUUUGGUACCAAGUGCAUUACGACAUGCAUGUUCGUACGCACACUCGAGAACAUUUGUAUUACUGCUCCCAGUGCAAUUAUUCAUCAAUCACCAAAAACUGCCUUAAGCGUCACGUCAUUCAGAAACACAGUAAUAUUUUGCUGAAAUGUCCCACAGAACAUUGUGAUUACUCUACUCCAGAUAAAUACAAGCUCCAGGCGCAUCUUAAAGUUCACACUGAGCUGGACAAAAAGAGUUAUUCCUGUCCUGUGUGUGAGAAGUCAUUUACUGAAGAUCGACUUAUAAAAUCACACAUCAAGACAAAUCACCCUGAAGUUUCAAUGAGUACUAUUUCUGAGAUUCUUGGCAGAAGAGUUCAGCUGAAAGGACUUAUUGGAAAACGAGCUGUGAAAUGUCCGUAUUGUGAUUUUUAUUUCAUGAAGAAUGGAUCAGACCUUCAGCGUCACAUUUGGGCUCAUGAAGGUGUCAAGCCCUUUAAAUGUUCUCUUUGUGAGUAUGCCACUCGCAGCAAGAGUAACUUGAAAGCCCAUAUGAAUCGUCAUAGCACUGAGAAAACGCACCUUUGUGAUAUGUGUGGGAAAAAGUUCAAAUCAAAAGGCACUUUGAAGAGCCAUAAACUCCUUCAUACUGCUGAUGGAAAGCAGUUUAAAUGUACAGUGUGUGAUUAUACAGCUGCCCAAAAACCACAACUUUUACGUCAUAUGGAACAACAUGUCUCUUUCAAGCCUUUCCGUUGUGCACAUUGCCAUUAUUCUUGCAAUAUCUCUGGUUCCCUGAAGAGGCAUUACAACAGAAAGCAUCCUAAUGAAGAGUAUGUAAACGUAGGUUCUGGAGAACCUGCAGCAGAAGCACUUUUGCAACAAGGUGGCAUUAAGUGUCCUGUUUGCAGCUUUGUGUAUGGUACAAAAUGGGAGUUCAAUAGACAUCUUAAGAACAAGCAUGGUCUGAAGCUAGUGGAACACGAUGGGGAGACAAAGUGGGAGUUAACUGCUGAAGUUUCUGAAGAAUCAUCUACUCAGUAUCUCCAUAUCACAGAGGCUGGAGAAGAUGUUCAGGGCACUCAGGCUGCAGUAGCUGCAUUACAGAACCUUAGAUAUACUUCUGAGAAUGGUGAAAGACUUGACCCAACGGCUGUGAAUAUCCUGCAGCAAAUCAUUGAGUUGGGUGCAGAAACUCAUGAUGCCACUGCAGUUGCUUCUGUAGUUACCAUGGCACCUGGAACUGUAACAGUGGUAAAGCAGGUGAAAGAAGAGGAGCAAUCAGCCAAUCACACUUUGAUGAUUCAAGAGACUCUGCAGCAAGCCUCAGUGGAGCUGUCUGAACAGCAUCACCUGGUAGUCUCAUCAGAUGAAGUGGAGGGAAUUGAGACAGUGACUGUCUACACGCAGGGAGGAGAGGCUUCAGAAUUUAUAGUUUACGUACAGGAAGCUGUGCAGCCUGUGGAAGAACAAACUGUGGAACAAGCUGUUCAGGAACUCUAGGGAACAGUACUCAAAAGGGAUAGUUACUUGAUUUGUCAAAGCCGAGACUUCUGUUUCUUUUCGUAACACAACCAAAAGGAAACAUGCUGGCAAAUUUUCAAUUAAUUUGUGAAGCAAGACCUUGUUACUGGAUAGUGAUCUGGCUGGUUGGAUUGUAUGAGUAACUUAGACAUACUAUGUACACAGCCUCCUCAGAUUUUUUCUUUUGGAAAAAUAUUAAUAUUUUGAGGAAAAGGUGUUCUUCCUCUUCUAAGAAGACCUCUCACUUGCUUCCUAUGAAUCCUGAAAAAUGUGUUUGGUCACUUCAAAACAAUGUUAUCCUUACAAUAAGAAAACAUCCAUAAAGGUCAGCAGGCAUGUCUAAAGAAGUCAGUACAUCCCAUCUUAUAAAUACUUAAUAUGUUCUUGACUUCACUAGGUAAAGGGUUUUUUUUGUAAAAUUAUCAUGACUUCUUAUUUCUGAAUAUAUGCUUAGAAUGUGUUUACAGAGCUAUGAACCUAGCCCAAAUGUGUAAGGCUCAAGACUAAUUAGAAAUAUACCACCGAUGGACUCUAGGUUGUACUUCUGAGUUGAUCUUUUGGUUUUGGAAGAUAUUUAAAGCCAUAUAUGAUAAUUCUGGGUACUAGUAGGAUGAUUAUUAUUUAGAUAAUUGGUUAAUGUUAACUCUCUCAAUCCCACUAAAUAAAUACCUGUCCACUACCAUACAAUGAACCCAAAUCUAUUUGUCAACUCGUCGAAAUAGUCUUUUGUUUUUAAGGAAAAUUGUAUUCAAAUGAUUUGUAAAUGCUAUAAAAUAUGUAUGUUAAUAUGUUUUAAAAAAAAAGUUUGUAAAUAAAUAUAUGACUGUGUGAAAGAACUUGUACAAAGUAAAUAUUGACAAGAGUUUAGAUAUUCUUAAUUAUGCAUGUA